AUCACUUUCUUUCAGCCGGAAGAAGAAGAGUGAAGCUCCGACAGCACUUCUCACCGAAUUUAGAAAUGGCGGCGUCCGUGUGCCGAGUAGGGAGCACCGUUGGGCGAGUCCUCGCCAAAACCCGCAGUCCCAUCCUGCUGUCUUUGAGACGUGGACAGGCGUCGGUCAGCUAUGCCCAGAGCCUGGUAGGAGCCCCUGAAACCCAGGUCUCUGCCUUGGACAACGGUCUGAGAAUUGCAUCUGAGGAUACCGGACAUGCAACUUGCACUGUUGGAGUCUGGAUCAGCGCUGGCAGCCGCUAUGAGAACGAGAAGAACAACGGAGCGGGCUUUUUUCUGGAGCACAUGGCUUUCAAGGGAACAAAGAAGCACCCCCAAACAGCCUUGGAGCAACAGGUGGAGUCUAUGGGUGCUCACCUGAGUGCCUACACCUCCAGGGAGCACACUGCUUUCUACAUGAAGACCCUCACCAAAGACCUUCCUAAAGCUGUGGAGCUGCUGUCAGACGUGGUGCAGAGCUGCUCGCUGAACGAGGCCGACAUCGAGCAGCAGAGGAGCGUGGUGCUGCGGGAGAUGGAGGAGGUGGAGGGCAACCUGCAGGAAGUCUGUCUGGACCUGCUGCACACCGCAGCCUACCAGGGGACGCCGCUAGGGCAGAGCGUGCUGGGGCCGUCCAGCAACGCCAGGAAUCUGACCCGUCAGGACUUGGUGGAUUACGUCAGCAGCCAUUACAAAGCUCCCCGGAUGGUGCUGGCGGCUGCAGGAGGUGUUAACCACGACGAGCUGGUGGGCAUGGCCAAGUCUCAUUUUAGUGGACUUUCCUUUCAGUAUGAGGGAGACGCCGUCCCCGUCUUGUCUCCCUGCCGGUUCACUGGCAGCGAGAUCCGCAUGCGGGAUGACGCUCUUCCCCUGGCGCACAUCGCCAUCGCCGUGGAGGGCGCCAGUGUUUCCAGCCCCGACAUCGUUCCCCUUAUGGUCGGCAACGCCAUCGUUGGCAGCUAUGACCUUACCUACGGGGGUGGAAAGCACCUGAGCAGCCGUCUGGCUCGCCUGGCGGUGGAGGAAAACCUGUGCCACAGCUUCCAGGCCUUCCACUCUGCCUACAGCGACACCGGCCUGAUGGGCAUCCACUUUGUGAGCGAUAAGCACCACAUCGACGACAUGAUGCACUGGACCCAGAACGCCUGGAUGAACCUUUGCACCACGGUCACAGACAGUGAUGUCGUUAGAGCCCAAAACGCUCUGAAGGCCAGCCUGAUUGGACAGCUCAAUGGUACAACACCAAUUUGUGACGACAUCGGCAGACACAUCCUGAACUACGGACGUCGUAUUCCUCUGGCAGAGUGGAGCGCCCGCAUCGAUGCUGUAACUCCCAGGAUGGUGCGUGACAUCUGCUCCAAAUACAUCUACGAUAAGUGUCCUGCCAUGGUUGCUAUCGGUCCCAUUGAGCAGCUACCGGACUACAACAGGAUGCGCAGCGGCAUGUACUGGCUCCGGUUCUAGGGAAAACAUCCUGCUGCUCUUCAUUUCGUCCUUCUCCUACCUUUUCUUCUGUCACCAAUGCGAACACCUGAGGGUCCUCCUCUCAUCUCACCCAUUCUGUACCCUAGUUGCCUGUCGGGGAAGCAGCCGGUUGGAGCCUCUGAAAUACUCUGCAUGUGUUGAUUGUACUUUGCAGGUACUUGUCAUCUGAAACGUUGUUGAGAAACUGGCAGCGAGGGCAAACAUAAAUUCUUGAUUAUUAACUUCAUAACGCAAUUCAGCCAAUAUCCAAUUUGGGGCAACGAGAGAAUAUUUAUACAUUCUGUAAACAUUUGUUUUCUGUCCAGUAUUGUACAUACCAGAAGUUGUCGUUAAGACACAAAUAAAAACAAUAAAGCUUUAGUGAAUUGU